AUGGAAUUAGAACCACCAUUGAAAAAGAUGGAUUUAAUAAUAUCAUUAUGUUCAUACAAGGCUGAAUUAUUGGCACUUGAAGCAGGGAAUGCUGAAGAUGGUGACAUUGACAUUGCCAACAUGCCAACAAUUUUAUCUGAGAUGGAAGACCUUUUGCCAGAUUUCUUGGAAAAUCUUCUAGCAUUACAGCAUACACAAAUAGAACUGGUUGCAAAGAUUCGAAAAUAUUCUCAAAAAAGACUCUCUACUCCAUCUCCACCCUCAUCACCAUUGCACGAAACUAAAGAGUCUCCCUUGAAAAAACAAAAAACUAAAGAAAGAUCCUUUUC